AUGUCGCCAAGCAAGAUCGAUACGAGGCCGUCGUAUAAGAUCGCCUCCAUCCCGGCGGAUGGCAUCGGCCCCGAAGUCAUCGCCGCCGGCAUCAAGGUCCUGAAUAAGCUGGCGGCUACUCUGAACACGUUUGAUCUGCACUUUGAGCAUUUCGACUGGAACAGCGACUACUACAAGAAGCAUGGCAAGUACAUCCCGGAUGGCGGGUUGGAGGAGUUGAAGAAAUUCGAUGCCAUCCUUUUCGGAGCGGUUGGCGCGCCAGAUGUUCCCGACCAUAUCUCCCUUUGGGGCCUGCGCCUGGCCAUCUGUCAGCCCCUCCAGCAAUAUGCCAAUGUCCGGCCUACAAAGAUCCUCCGCGGCACGCAAUCCCCGCUGCGAAAGUGCGCACCCGGCGACCUGGACUGGGUCAUCGUCAGAGAGAAUUCCGAAGGCGAGUACGCGGGCCAGGGAGGCCGCAGCCAUGUGGGGAAGCCCUGGGAGGUGUCAACCGAGACGGCCAUUUUCACGCGGCACGGCGUCGAGAGGAUCAUGAAGUUUGCCUUCGAGACGGCGCAGAGCAGACCCCGUAAGCUGCUGACCGUCGUUACCAAAAGCAACGCGCAGCGAAACGGGCUGGUGAUGUGGGACGAAGUCGCCGCGGAGACCGCGAAGCAGUUCCCCGACGUGAAAUGGGAUAAAAUGCUCGUCGACGCCAUGACGACGCGAAUGGUCCUGAAGCCCGAGUCCUUGGACACGAUUGUUGCGACGAACUUGCAUGCCGACAUUCUUUCCGACCUCGCUGCAGCCCUUGCAGGAUCGAUUGGCAUUGCUCCCACAAGCAACUUGGACCCGACGAGGGAAAACCCGUCGAUGUUUGAGCCGAUCCACGGGUCGGCUUUCGACAUUACUGGGAAAGGAAUCGAUACGCCUGUGACUGACUGUCUCGCAUUAGCAAAUCCCGUCGCAACAUUCUGGACGGCAUCGGAGAUGCUAUCUUGGCUUGGAGAGAAAGAGGCAGCGAAACAGCUGCUGGACUGCGUCGAAGCUGUCUGCGAGAAGGGCAUUGUCACGCAGGAUCUAGGAGGCACGAGCACCACCGCUGAAGUCACUGAUGCUGUGUGCGAUGAGAUUGAGAGACGGCUGGGAAAGGCAAGUGCCUCGCAAUAA